ACUCGCCCCUCCCCGAUCCUUGAGAGUUUGGGCUCCUGCUUCUGCGCAAGUCAUCGCAACGUUCUGCGUGUUUUACCGGAGUAACUUGGGCUACGGCGAUACUUUCAGUCGAAACGUCAUGUCGGAGUACGGUGCUGCCCCGCCACCGGGAAUUGGUGCCACUCUUGGCGGACAGGCCUCGAUUGGAAACGGUGGAGGAAUCAAGAAAGAUGCCUUUGCAGAUGCAGUGCAGCGGGCCCGGCAGAUAGCUGCAAAGAUUGGGGGCGAUGCAGGAGGGCCACCCAUGAUCAGCCCCUCUUCAGGCGACGCAGGCUUCCCUUUUCCAGUGGCUCAGAAGCGACAGCUGGAGGAUGCCGACCAACCAGAGAGCAAGAAAAUGGCUCCUCAGAGUGACCGAGAUCCAGCAACAGCUCUGGCCAUUGGAGCUCAAUUGGCAGCUCUUGCCCAGCAAAGGCCGGCUACUACCACAGAAGAGUACAGUGUACCUGACAGCAUGGUGGGACUCAUCAUUGGACGCGGCGGGGAGCAGAUCAAUAAGAUCCAGCAGGACUCGGGCUGCAAGGUCCAGAUUGCCGCAGACAGCGGAGGCCUGCCAGAGCGGAGCGUCUCUCUCACAGGCUCCCCUGACUCCAUACAGAAAGCCAAGAUGCUUCUAGAUGAGAUUGUGUCGCGGGGGAGGGGCACUCCCCCGUCCUCUCUCCAAGACUCCACCAACGGCCAGAACGGCUCAGUGCAGGAGAUGAUGAUCCCUGCUGGCAAAGCUGGACUCAUCAUCGGCAAGAGAGGAGAGACCAUUAAACAGUUACAGGAGCGAGCAGGAGUGAAAAUGAUCCUCAUUCAGGACAGCUCUCAGGGACCCAACGUUGACAAGCCCCUGCGCAUUAUUGGGGAGCCAUACAAAGUCCAGCAAGCCAAGGAGCUGGUCCUGGAAAUCCUUAGGGAGAGGGACCAGCCCAGCUACGGAGACCGCAACGACUACGGCUCCCGCAUGGGAGGAGGGGGAGGAGGAGGAGGAGGAGGAGGAGGAGGAGGAGGUGGCAUAGAUAUUCCAGUCCCUCGCCACUCCGUCGGCGUGGUGAUCGGCCGCAACGGCGAGAUGAUCAAGAAGAUCCAGAACGACGCCGGCGUCCGAAUACAGUUCAAGCCAGAUGAUGGCACGACUCCAGACAAGGUUGCGCAUAUCAUGGGGUCACCGGAAUGCUGCGACCACGCUGCACGCAUCAUCAACGACCUAGUGCAGAGUGUUCGCGUGCGAGACGAAGGUCACGGGGGUCCCCCCGGGCCCCCAGGCAUGCCUCCCGGGGGGGGUGGGGGCAGGGACCGCGGUCCGGGCGGCUGGGGUGGGCCGCCGGGCGGCGAGAUGGCCUUCUCCGUGCCCGCCCAUAAGUGCGGCCUGGUGAUCGGGCGUGGUGGCGAGAAUGUCAAGGCCAUCAACCAGCAGACGGGCGCCUUUGUGGAGAUCUCCAACCAGCCGCCGCCCAACGGAGACCCCAACUUCAAACUGUUCAUCAUCCGCGGCCAGCCCCAGCAGAUCGACCACGCCAAGCAGCUCAUCGAGGACAAGAUCGAGGGUCCUCUGUGCCCUGUUGGUCCACCAGGACCAGGGCCCUCUGGUCCGAUGGGCCCCUACAACCCCAACCCCUACAACCCCGGGCCCCCGGGGGCCCCUGGCCCACCCGGUGGUCCAUCAGCUCCGUACCAGUACCCAUCUCAAGGCUGGAACAGUGGCUACCAGCAGUGGCAAGUCCCCUCACCCCAUGAUCCCAAUAAAGGUCCAGCAGGCGAUCCGAAUGCAGCCUGGGCGGCUUACUACUCGCAGUACUACCAGCAGCCACCAGGGGGAGGGCCUGCCCAUGCUCCCGGUGCAAACCCCUCGGCUGCCCCGGCCCCUGCCCCAUCAGAGCAGCCCCAGCUGCAGGCCGGCCAGCCCUCCGCAGGCCAGCCCGACUACACGAAAGCCUGGGAGGAGUACUACAAGAAAAUGGCACAAGCUGGGGGUUCGGCUCAGCAGACGUCGGCCCCAGGCGCUGGUGGAGGAGCUCAGACGGACUACAGUGCGGCCUGGGCAGAGUACUACAGGCAGCAGGCUGCCUACAGCAGCCAAUCUGCAGGACAGACGCCCAGCCAGCCAGCAGGCCCACAGCAAGGCCAGCAGAGCCAGUGAGGUAGCCAGCCGUUUGAAGUGAGGGGGCGAGAGUGAGAGAGUCCUGCACCUUGCAUGGACGUCUGAAGGCCGUCUCUGAUGUUUCCUGUUGUGUUCUGUUUGCUUUAGUGUUCUUAGGGGGAAGUUGUUUUUUUUUUAAUAAAAAUGUCUGAAAGGA